UUUGACAUUAUCGUAGAGAAGGGACAAGGACCAUCUCGCUUCCUCCGCCCCCUCCUUCCGAUCACUUUGCACCUCAAGGAGCGAGUCAAGGUAAUUUCCCCCCAGAGGAACGGCGAUGUAGCUUCAGUCUAAGCAUCUGGUCUAGUCUCAGGGCCCCUCCUGCUGUCCACGGCCCAUCGGGAAGGCUAGGAUGGGAAUUAAUGAGGAGACCCACUGCCUCUGCUUUGCCAAGAGGGACAGCCGCGCCGGGCGGUGAUUGGCUCCACGGGACAGGGGGACUGUCGAGGCAAUGACUGGAAGGAGCGUUGGGCGUCCUGAGUGCGUGCUUUCUGGGAUCUAGUCCGCAAGAGCCCUUGCGAGGGGCCCUGGCAUUCUGGGAUGUCGCCAGGCCUGGACGCAUGGCGGAUUCCUGAAUGAUGAUGGUUCGCCGAGGGCUGCUGGCCUGGAUUUCUCGGCUGGUGGUUUUGCUUGUGCUGCUGUGCUGUGCCAUUUCCCUGCUCUACAUGUUGGCGUGCACGCCGAAGGGCGACGAGGAGAAGCUGGGGCUGCCCCGGGCCAACGGCCCCACGGGGAAGGAGGGCUACCAGGCCGUCCUGCAGGAGUGGGAGGAGCAGCACCGCAACUACAUCAGCAGCCUGAAGACGCAGAUCGCGCAGCUCAAGGACGCGCUCCAGGAGCGCAGCGAGCAGCUCCGGACCGUGCGGGACCACGCGCGCGACCCUGCGCCGCGGGCCGCGCCCGAGACCGCCCCGGCCGACCUGCUGGCCUUCCUGCGCUCGCAGGUGGACAAGGCCGAGGUGCACGCCGGCGUCAAGCUGGCCACGGAGUACGCAGCAGUGCCCUUCGAUAGCUUCACCCUGCAGAAGGUCUACCAGCUGGAGACGGGCCUGACUCGCCACCCCGAGGAGAAGCCGGUGAGGAAGGACAAGCGCGAUGAGUUGGUGGAAGCCAUCGAAUCCGCCUUAGAGACCCUGAACAACCCCGCGGAGAGCAGCCCCAUCCAGCGUACUUACACAGCCUCGGACUUCAUCGAAGGGAUCUACCGAACAGAACGCGAUAAAGGCACUUUGUAUGAGCUUACGUUCAAAGGAGAUCAGAAACACGAAUUCAGACGGCUUGUCUUGUUUCGACCAUUUGGCCCGAUCAUGAAAGUGAAAAAAGAAAAGCUCAACAUGGCCAGCACGCUGAUCAAUAUCAUCGUGCCCCUGGCAAGGAGGGUGGACAAAUUCCGGCAGUUCAUGCAGAAUUUCAGGGAGAUGUGCAUCCAGCAGGACGGGCGAGUCCAUCUCACUGUUGUCUACUUUGGAAAAGAGCAGAUGAACGAGGUCAAAGGAAUACUUGAAAACACGUCCAAGGCGGCCAGCUUCAGGAACUUCACCUUCAUCCCGCUGAGUGGGGAGUUCUCCCGGGGAAAGGGCCUUGAUGUCGGGGCCCGCUUCUGGAAGGGGAGCAACGUCCUGCUCUUCUUCUGCGACGUCGACAUCUACUUCACCACGGAGUUCCUCGACACGUGUCGGCUGAACACUCAGCCAGGGAGAAAGGUGUUUUAUCCGGUCCUUUUCAGUCAGUACAAUCCCGGCAUAAUCUACGGCCAUCACGAUGCGGUCCCUCCCCUGGAGCAGCAGCUGCUCCUGACAGGUGGGUUCGACUUGGACAUCAAAGGCUGGGGCGGAGAGGACGUGCACCUCUACCGCAAGUACCUGCACAGCAACCUCAUUGUGGUGCGCACGCCCGUGCGGGGCCUCUUCCACCUCUGGCACGAGAAGCGCUGCGUGGACGAGCUGACCCCUGAGCAGUACAAGAUGUGCAUGCAGUCCAAGGCCAUGAACGAGGCCUCCCACGGGCAGCUGGGCAUGCUGGUCUUCAGGCACGAGAUCGAGGCCCACCUUCGCAAGCAGAAGCAGAAGACAGGCAGCACAAAGACUUGAACUCCCAGGGAGGGGCUUGGGGAGACUUAUUUCCCUUUCCUUUUGCAAUUACCGAAAGACAGACUGCAAUGAGGAAAAGAUUUGCCGUAAGGGGCAACAGAAGAAUUGAACUGGUUGGUUGAGGAGAUGAGAGAGGAGCAACACCAUUCUCCGUUCUCGCUCUCUCUGCACGCAGUCAGCUGUGCGCAGCAGAAACGGAAUCUCCCACUUGGCCUGCAGAAGUGGCCCGCGGGCAGCCUGGGCAGUGACUUGACAAAGGCAGGGUGACGGCAAGGUUGUGAGCGGGCAGUGUGCUGCUUCCAGCUAAGUGAGAUCUAGUGCCUACCACGCUCUCUGAAAUACUCAUGAGUUAAGACCAGUAAUGAAAGGCAAGCACACACCCCUACACACCACCCCCCACCCGUCCCACAUGAAUGAUUAGGUCAGACAUUUCCAGGAGGCCUGUGAGAUGUGGAGAUUCACUCGUUGAAGUCCUUGUGAGUCUUUGGAACAAAACCAAAUGGGCCAACGGGGAAGAAACCAUCAAUACUGUGCCAUUCCCCCGGAAGAUUCACCAAAAGUGAUCUGGCUUUCUCCCCCCCCUUUCUUUCUUUUCCCUUUGGACUUGUAACGAUCUUUGCUGGCUGAUUUGGUUUAAACAUGCCCGUUGCAUUUUGCAGGCAAGGUCCACUCUGCUGAUUUAAGUGCCAGUUUGCAGC